UGAUAGAUGAUGAUAGAGCUAAGACAGUAAUAGGGCACUCCAGUACAACGCAGCCGUGCUAAUAAUAUUGGCAUAUCAAUAUUGCACACGUCAGCAUCAGUCGUUGAACGUAGUACAGAUUAAAAUAGUUUAAUGAAAGUGCAAGCCACGUAAUUUGAUUCCUUGUUCGUCACUUGCGCGCGUUUGUUUCUGUCAUCAGUGAGCGUCUCUCGCGCCUGGCGCGGCAGUGGCGGCGUCCUCAGCAGAAAGACAACCACAUCGACUUCCCCGUCCCCUUGCUACUCUUUUGACUUUACUGAUAGAAUCAUAUCUUUCUUCAGCCGAGUACACCCAAGAAGUAAUUUAAUACUUGUAGCAAACCAGUACUACUGCUUAGAGAUGGAUCCUGCUAAGCUGAAAGUAGUGGAGCUGAGGGUGGAGCUGAUGAAGCGCGGUCUUGAUAGCAAGGGUAAUAAACCUAUCCUUAUCGAGCGGUUACGUCAGGCAAUCCAGGAAGAGCGGGCUUCCGGCGAAGCGCCCACUGUUGACUUGAAUGAAAAAUCAGAAAUAGGCUCAGAGAGUGAAGAAGAUUCUUCAGAUACUGUCAAAUUGCCGCCCAGAACUCCAAGCAGAUCCUCCAGACACACUUCCAGAGAGCCGACAACUCCGGUAAAAACUCCAACUCGUAGGAGCAGUUCAAGAUCCUCUCUCAGUAGACAGUCUCCAGCAAAGGCAAUCUUGAUUGAGGGUAAUGAAGCUACCCCAACAUUAGAACCUAUUAUUGAAGAGGACAAACCAUCACCUAUGAAAGGCACGGUUGUACCUGAAAAAGAUAUUGUGGUUACUAUUUCAUCAAAAAAAGAUCCUGAAGCUUUACCAAAAAAAGAAUCUGCAUCAACUCCCAAGAAAGAUGUAACACCAGUUCCAUGCUUAGGAUCACCUGGCCAAGAAUCGACUCCAGUAUUUACAUCUGCACCGUCACCAUCCCCUAAAGAAGCAGUUGAAACAUCUUUUUCUCCAUCAUCACCUGCAAAGAAAGCUAUCCCUCAGAAAAAAGCUAACCUUAUAGAUUCAAAAACAGAAAAUGCAGCACAGAAUGAGUUACAAAAAAAAGAUGAAUGUUUGGAUGUUGUACAAGAAGCAGAGAAGCAUAUUUCUGAAAAAUCUCAGGAAAUAACAAGAGUUUCAGCAGAAGAAUUAUGUCAGAAACCAGACAAUACAAUUGCUGAAAGUAACCUUAUGAAGGCCAUUAUUCAGAAUCCAAUCCAGACUUUCACUGAAGGUCCAAUCAAGAUUCCAGCUCAGAAAACAACAAAAACUGAUAUCCAAUGUCCUGUCAAAAGUCAAUCUGACAGCCAACUGAUACCUACUACUACAAGUCUGGCUAAACAAGUUUUAACAAGUACAGUUAAACUAUCGACAGAAAGCAGUGAAGAUACAGAAGAUCAGAGACCAGCACAACUUUCUUCUUCACUAAAGCUUCAGCAGAGUCCAGUCAAGUGUAAUACUGAAAGUCUGAAAAGCCAUAACAAAAAUUUUCAAAAUGAAGAUGAGUUACGGAAAACUUUAUUGCCUGAAAAAUCAGAACGUUCCAUGGUUGAAAGCGAAAAACAACCUGUUAGCAUGAAAGUAGACCAUGAGAAUACUGACAAAACCUCAGAGUCAGAUGAGCAGCAAGAUAAAGAAGAAAAGUCAAGCGACAAAAAAAGAAAAAGAUCACCAAGUCCUAUUUCAGAAGAUGCUCCGCGGGCUCCACCUAUAGCAAGACCGGAAAAUGAACCGAACUAUGAUGAAAACGCUGUACUUCUCUCUUGGUAUGAUUCUGACUUACACUUGGUAAUCAACACAAUUAACUACUUCUCGGCUUCUCCGAUGCAAGGCGAAGGUUUUAAUUACAUGUGGGCAGGCGCACGGGCUUCUCAUGGAUUUAACAAAGGAAAAGUCUUUUAUGAGGCACGCGUUAAUACUGAGUUUGACAAUCUUGCUGCUCAGAACGCAGCUGGGGCAACCAACGCCAGUGGUGCGUUACCUGUUGAUGAAGAAAAGAUACCAAGCACUUUAAGAGUCGGUUGGUCGACGAUUGGUACAUCAUUGCAAUUAGGUGAAGACAAGCUUUCGUAUGGGUAUGAAGGUACAGGCAAAAAAGCAACAGAUAAAGUAUUUAGUGAAUAUGGCAAGGUAUUUGCCAAAGACGAUGUGGUUGGAUGUUAUGCCGACUUUGAAACUCAUGAAGGAACGGUGAUUCUUACAUUCACUGUUAAUGGUGAAACUCAAGGACCUGCAUUCAAUAUAGUGAAAGAGGAACUUGAUGGUAAAGCGUUGUUUCCACAUGUAUUAAGUAAAAACUGCUCGUUCACUGUAAAUCUUGGACAGGAAGAAGCAUGGAGUUCUACUGUAUUGGAGGGUUAUCAUUCUGUUGGAAAAAUUGACAUCAAUCAUAGAAUAGUAGGUCCUCGCCGGCCGGCCAAAAGAGAAGAUUGUGAAGUUAUUUUAUUAUGUGGGCUACCAUUUUCUGGCAAAACGUCUUGGGCUACAAAACACGUCAACGAACAUUCUGACAAGUUGUACACGGUUUUAGGAAUACACAAUCUAAUAAAUAAAAUGAGAGUGGAAGGAUUACCAUUAAAAGAUAAAUUCAAAGGUCGUUGGGAAGUUGUUGAAGAAAAAUGUUCAAGAGCUCUUGCUAAAUUAUUGGAGUCCGCACCAUCCAGGAGGCGAAAUUACAUUUUAGAUCAACAAGCAAAUGUGUAUGGUUCAGCACAAAGACGUAAGAUGAGAAACUUUUAUGGAUUUCAUCGAAAGGCUGUAGUUUUAAUUCCUUCAGAUGAAGAUUUUAAAGCGCGUAUUGCCAAAUGCAAGGAAGAAUCUGGUCGAGUUGAAAUUAGAGAAUCUUCUAUUUUAGAAUAUAAAGCAAACUUAAGUGUACCAUCAAUAGGAGAAUCGUUUGAAGAAGUUAUAUGGACUGAUCUUGAAGAACAAGAAAGUAAGAAACUUAUUGAAACUUAUAACAAAGAAGGAAAAACAGCUGGUUAUGGAAAUCAACAGCAGCAACCCAGUAAGCGAAGUCGCUAUGAUAACGGUCAUAAAGACCGAAACCAUAGAGAUACCAGAGACUACCGUAGGAUGGGCUUUAACGACAGAAGAAGCAGCUCGUGGCGUGGCGGCCAAAGCGGUUGGCGGGACAAUCGUAUACGCGGUCCGAUGAGGCAUGUAAGUUCAGGCUAUGGAGCACCAGCUGCUUGGCGAGGCCGAGGUGGCGAUCGCCGACAAGACGACAGACGGCAAGGUGGCGACCGAAGUAGAGGUCGCCAAGGUUGGAAUACCACGGGUUAUCAAGGACAAAAUUGGGGAAAUCAUGGAAACUGGCAAAGCCAAGCGCAAGACUGGAGUAACAACUGGAGCCAGCAGCAAGCCUGGGGUGGAGCUGGGGGAGCCUGGAAGGGUUAUGGCCAGCAGCAAGUACCUUACGGUCAGCAGACAAACCAGAAUUAUGAUAAUGGCAGUUGGACAUGGGGCUCGCAGUAUUAUAAUCAGCAGUAUUGGUCCGGCCAGCCGGCACAGCAAGCUCAACACACCACGACUGGUCAGACGAGUGGCCAAACACAGCAGAGCUCCAUCACUCCAGCUACAAGCAAAAAGUAAUCUUGUUUUGUUGCAAAACAGGUUACGACGAGCUUCAGUGAGACCGCACUGCAGACAGCAAGCUUUUUGGCAGCCCAAUGUUUUUUUUUCCAAAGC